AGCAUCGAGUCCAACGACGCCGAUUUGAAUUCGCUCGUCGCUUCCUCGUCGGAGAUGUCUGCCAACGCGAAAACUGUAGCCGCCGCCGACGUCGUGCAUUUAGACAGUGACGACGACGAUGACGUAGGAGGAGGAGGAGGAGGAAGAGGAUUGUCUCUAAUCGAAACUCCGCAAGUUCCAAGUACAACCGCUAAUGCGACGGUGGCUCCACUGGAAACCCUAGAGUGCCGGAGCUUCUGGAAGGCCGGAGAAAGCUAUGUGACACCGAACGUUGUUUCGCAAGCUGCUCCAGGUAUGCUUGAGCAUGCUCGUGUUCAUCCAAAGUUCCUUCACUCGAAUGCCACGUCACACAAAUGGGCCUUUGGAGCCAUAGCUGAACUACUUGACAAUGCUGUUGAUGAGAUACAAAACGGUGCAACCUUUGUUAAGAUCGAUAAGAUCGAUAUUGCGAAGAAUAAUUCUCCAGCUUUAGUUUUCCAAGAUGAUGGCGCUGGGAUGGAUCCCAAUGGAAUCAGAAAAUGCAUGAGCUUAGGCUACUCAUCAAAGAAGUCUAAUACAACUAUUGGACAGUAUGGAAAUGGUUUCAAGACAAGUACCAUGAGACUUGGAGCUGAUGCCAUUGUUUUUAGUCGCUCAACACGUUCAGGGAAAGCUACUCAAAGCGUUGGCCUUCUGUCUUACACAUUCCUUAGAAGAACUGGUCAAGAUGAUGUCAUUGUUCCUAUGAUUGAUAUUGAUAUAUCCAAGGAGCGGCCACAACCAAUUAUCUAUGGAUCUUCAGAAGAUUGGUCUACCAACCUUGACAUUCUUCUCAAAUGGUCUCCAUUCUCAACAAAGGACGAACUUUUUCAACAGUUUGAUGAUAUUGGAACGCAUGGAACAAAAGUAAUUAUCUACAACUUGUGGCUUAAUGAUGAAGGAAUCUAUGAGCUGAGUUUUGACGACGACGAUGAAGACAUCCGGCUCCGAGAUGAAAGUGUCCAUGAUGGAAAACGGGUGCACGCUAAAGAAUUGGAACGGAGAUCUCAUAUUUCAUACCACUUACGUUACUCUCUGAGGGCUUACACUUCAAUGUUAUAUCUGGAAAAGUUCAAAAACUUCAAAAUUAUACUUCGGGGAAUCCCUGUCAAGCAGUUCAACAUUGCUGAUGAAUUCAGAUAUCCUGAAAUUAUAAAGUACAGGCCCCAGAUAGCUACAAUUGAGCAAGCUACCACUGAAAUCAAAGUUGGAUUUAUAAAGGAGGCACCUAAACUUCCAGUCUGCGGUUACAAUGUCUAUCACAAAAACCGUCUUAUCCGGCCAUUCUGGAAGGUCACUAUGGACGGGUCAGCUUUAGGCAAUGGUGUUGUAGGAGUUCUUGAAGCAAACUUCAUAGAACCAGCUCAUGACAAACAAGAUUUUGAGAGGUCUUCUUUAUUCCAGCGGUUGGAAGCGAGGUUGAAGAAGAUUAUCUACGAUUACUGGAGUAGCCACAGCCACGUUUUCGGGUACAGAACUCCUCAAAUGCCUGCAGAUAAGUCAAAAAGGAUACCGAUACCUGAUCAACCACCUACUGUCAAUACAUUCAAUCCUUUUCCUUCCCCUUCUUCUCAAGGUGGGCCAGUAAUACGCGAAAUCAAUAUUAGUAAUGCCACUUCAGUCCGUACAGUUGCCGCUCCACCGCCACAUAUGAGAAAUUCUACUGGUGUAAGAAAUAACUUCCAGCCCGUGCAGCUUACUCCUCAACCUGCAGUUACCGAUACUAGAAACAAGCACGUUGGCAAGUCAGUGGAGGAGAUAAGCCAAGAGAACAUACAACUCUUCAUGAAGUGCGAGGAAUAUGUAAAGAAGGAGACUGAAAUGGAACAGACUGUAAGGAACUUAGAAAAAGAACUGGAAGAAGCUAAAAGUAAAUGUGCACAGCUUGCUAUGCUUGUGGAUGCUAAGAAGAAGGAGAUGCAACAAGUUUAAGACUCUAGAUUCUGAAGGACCCGAACUUGAUUCGAAAUAUUAAUUACGGUGUUCGUGCAUCUGCUUAUAAGCAGGUGCAUAUAUGUACGUAGCAUAUAUAUCUGUCAGGAAAACUGUUAGGAUCUAAGGUCAGGGGAUAGUUCUAUUUUAAGUACCAUAAGUUCUGAUUGUAUGAACCAACUCCUUUUCAAAGUUUAACUAGUCUUGUGAGGACUAAGAAAAGAAGUGGUCCUGCUUGUUACAUAAAGUAUGAAUUUAAUUUAGUUUUGUAGA